CACUCCACCACCACCACCACCCACCACCGCCACCUUCAUCCUUCUCUCUCUCCUAUCUCCGAGACCACCACAAUCAGCUCACAAUUUCACUCUCACACACAACCGUUUCGUUCCUUGCUAAAUUUCCGCCGCAAACCAGAGCAAUGCCGGCACAGAAGCGCACCCACGAGGCCAUGGAAGAUGAUCUUCCGCAGAACUACAGAGAAAACACCCACGAAACGCCGCAAGACGAAGAGGAGUCCGAUCGAAGCCCGUUACAGAGCACCGAAGAGAAAGACGAAUUUGUCAUGGUGAAAUUGGCAGAAAUUCGGAAAGAAGUCCAGUGCCCUAUCUGUUUAGGGAUCAUUCGGAAAACAAGGACAGUGAUGGAAUGCCUGCAUCGCUUCUGCAGGGAAUGCAUUGACAAGUCCAUGCGCCUGGGGAACAAUGAAUGCCCUGCAUGCCGCACCCAUUGUGCUAGUCGUCGCUCUUUGAGAGAUGACCCAAACUAUGACGCCUUAAUUGCAGCUAUAUAUCCAGAUAUUGACAAGUAUGAGGAAGAGGAAUUGGCCUUUCAUGAAGAAGAGAAGGCUCGCAAUAAGCAGAUCCAAGCUUCCAUUGCCCAGACAUUUCAACGACAAACCGAGGCACUAGGAAGGAAACGAACAACAGCUAAAGCCACUGCAGCUGCAUUUAUGAGGAGAUCACGGGGUAGCUAUCGAAAUGCGAGGGGGAGAAGGAACUAUAGAAAUGUUGCUGAACAUCAUGGGUCCGAUGACAAUGAGGAUGUAAAUGGUAAUGAUGGCGGUAGAGAUUUGUCUUCUGGUGAUGAGCAUGCAGAACCAAGACCAAAGAGAUCCAAAAGAUGGAGAGGAGGUCGAUAUUAUCAGCCCUCGUUGGCAGCUGCUAAUGCAGAUAGUGAUGAUGAAAAUGAUUAUGAAAUGAACAGAUCAGAGAUUCUGGGUGCUUCUGUGGGGCGUGUUGGCAGCUCAGAGAGGCUUUCCUGGGGAAAAGGUGGCAUGCGGAGUCAUACACGGUAUGGCAGUUCAAGUGGUGGCAAUGGUAAAAAUGCCAGGAACAUCCGCCUCUCUAGGUUGGUAGAGUAUCUUCGGAACUCGGGAGAUAAUGAUGACGAGUUGGACAUCCACCUCCUGCUUGUUUCUUUCGAUGAGCAAAGAAUACCAAGUUUGCAGCGGCCAUAUCUUUGCUGCCGGUCUACCCUUUCAGUUGGACAUUUAUGUCAGUACGUAGCUCUCCGAACCGCUUCUCAAGCCGAAGAAAUUGAAAUAUACUUGGUGAAAGAGCUGCAUGCCGAAUUCGGUCAUUCAACUGCCACCAAUAUUAAAAUUUCCAAGUCUCUUGUUCUAGAUUCAAGCAAAGAAAACCUGCAACUUUUAAAGGAGGAAGAAACUUUGGCAGAACUUAGAACUCACAAUCUCAUUCCGGGCUACCUGAUUUUGGCAUAUCAGAAGAAAUGGAACUGAAGCCGAAGAUUGCGAAAAAUCUGUAAACAAAUGGUUCUACCUACCUCCUUCUUCUACCCCUCUAAUGUUUAUUUAUAGUUGUCACUAAGCUGGCAUAUGUUGUUGAAAUGAAGACAGUGUCUGUUUUAGAAGCUCGCCAAGUACACAAAUGGUGUGAGCAAUUUAGAUGCAGAUGAAAAUCGCCAUGUCAUGUUCCGAGCUUGUUACCAACUCAACUCUUAUAUUAUGGACUUUAUGGAUUUCCUUCGAAUCUUCAAAGUAGUCUUUUGAAUCAGGCAGUAUACCAAAGUUGAAAGUACACACUACACUCACUCUCUCUCUCUCUCUAGAUUUACAUGCAUUGCGGGACUGCCACCAAUAAUACAAUGUGUGGGGAAGUUAAAAAGUAAAGGUAGUGCAUUAUUGACGAGAGAUGUUACGGUAGGUUUCUGACAAGAUGGGUCGAGAAUGCGACCUGGCUGAAAACUUGAAAAUAAAAAUUUCAAUCAAUUACAUUAUGAUACUUCAUGUAUUGAAUUAUGUACUUGAUACGUUGAGAAAAAGAAAAAAAAAAAUCCUUAUCAAAGGGUGUAUUGUAAUUUCCCCUUAUAAUGGGUCCCACUCACCAACCUCAAUGUAAUGAUUCAAUUCCAAUCCUCUCCUUAUCCAUUCAUAUUGAAGUUAGUACGCUACAUGUUACAAUAUAAAUGAAUAAUUUUUGUUUUAUGAAGUGCUGCUUUACUUGUAUUAUAACAUCCGAUAUAGCAACCUACAUUUUCGAUUUACUAAAAAAUUUCACGUACGAUAAUCUCCACCUCGUUGACACCACCAACUAAUAACCCAACAUAUUUUGUGAGAAAGCUAAACUGUCUAAGUUUUUUUCUUCUUUACAAUGAAUUAUUAAUUUGAAAUUAACGUAUUUAAAGGUAUAAAGUCCUCUCAAUCCUGUUCUAUUCCCGUAUAGAUAAGAUAAAACCACAUAAUUAAGUGCAUCAUAACAUUUAAUAACAUUAGAAAAGAUAUUUAUUUAUUUAUUUAAUACGACAUCAACUCCUCACCACCAUCCAACAGUAGAUCUGACCGACAGAGAGUCAUCAUUACCGCACAAGUGUUCAUACAAAAGGACACCUAAUCACAUUGCCAUCGGAAGCCCUAGUUACAAAAUUCAAAAGGACACCUAAUCACAUUGCCAUCGGAAAACCCUCAUUGGGGCACGUGGCAAACGCUGAGAU